AAGCCCAUCCUCCAGCAGGUGCUCCAGGGCUACAACUGCACCAUCUUCGCCUACGGCCAGACUGGCACCGGCAAGACCUACACGAUGGAGGGCAACCUGUCACCGUAUCAUGGAACGUUCCACCCGGACGCCGGCAUCAUCCCGCGCACGCUGUACUCGCUGUUCGACCGCCUUGUCGAGAGCAAGUGCGAGUACUCGGUGCGCUGCUCGUUCAUCGAGCUCUACAACGAGGAGCUGCGCGACCUCAACUCGCCCGACUCUGCCGACCUGGCGCUCCGCAUCUACGAGGAGACCAAGAACGGCUCGACCGGCGUCGUCAUCCAGGGCCUCGAGGAGACGUUCAUCAACAGCGCCGAGGACGGCCUGCGUGUGCUGCGGCGCGGCAGCGAGCGGCGCCAGAUCGCGGCGACCAACUGCAACGAGCGCUCGAGCCGGUCGCACUCGAUCUUCACCAUCAACGUCCACAUCAAGGACAACUCGAAGGAGGGCCAGGACGUGCUCAAGGUCGGCAAGCUCAACCUCGUCGACCUCGCCGGGUCCGAGAACGUCGGGCGCAGCGGCGCCGUCCAGGGCCGGGCGCGCGAAGCCGGCAUGAUCAACGCGAGCCUGCUCGCCCUCGGUCGCGUCAUCAACCAGCUCGCCGACAAGACCGACUCGACCAAGAAGCAGCACAUCGCCUACCGGUCCUCGAAGCUCACUCGCCUCCUGCAAGACUCGCUCGGCGGCCGCACCAAGACGACCAUCAUCGCGACCAUCUCGCCCGUCAGCUACGAGGAGACGGCGUCGACCCUGUCGUACGCGCACCAGGCCAAGUCGAUCCAGAACCGGCCCGAGGUCAACCAGCGCGUGUCG